AUGACAACAGCAGUAGAAACAACAGGAAAAGUUCACUGUGUUACGUGUGAACAAGCAAAUGUUUUAUAUGCAUGUGAAGGUUGUUCACAACGUUUUAGCUUUGAUCAUUUGAAAGAUCAUCGUCGAGGACUUAAUAGACAAGUGGACACAAUACAAAAUGAACGUAAAAAUGUUGUACAAAUAUUAACUAAGCAAAAAACUGACCCACUAAAUCAUUUUUUAGCAAAACAAAUUGAUGAUUGGGAACGUAGAUCAGUUAAUAAAAUCCGAAGAGCAGCAGAUGAAGCAAGAGAUUUAUUUCUCACAUACGUUUCUGAAUAUAUUAGUGAAUUAGAAUUUGAAUUCACCGAUUUAUCUCCACAGUUGACACGAAUCAAACAAGAAAAUGUAAUCGAUGAGAUUAAUUUAAAGGAAUCUAAACAAAAAUUACUUCGAAUAAAAAAAGAACUUGUCAAACUACCAAAUAUCAUACUUCAACAAGAUCCUUCACCCUUUGUUUCGAAAUUAUUUGUCGUCGAUUCUCGACGUGUAAAUAGACAAGAUGAUGUAAAUCUUCAAUAUCAGCAACAAUUAUCUCCAUACGAUAAUCCAACAUUGAGAGGUAGUCGAAAAAAUUCAACAACUAGUACAAUUAAUUCACGACAUAAACCAGCAGUUCAUUUAUUAAAUGAACCUGAUUUUAGUCAUCAAGUAAAAACUCCUGUUCAACCACUGAUGUAUAUAAGCACAUCUGAUAUGAAUAAUAAAGUAUUACGUGUUAUUAAAUCAAGUUUAAAUAAACUUACAACACAAACAUAUGAUAAAAUACAACAACAACUUGAAACGUUAGAAAUCGAUCAUUAUGAACAGUUAAAGGGAAUGAUUGAUAUAUUUUUUUUAAAAGCUGUUGAUGAACCAGCAUUUUGUUCUCUAUACGCUAAAUUAUGUAGACAAUUUCAAAAAAAACGCGUAACCGCACUUGGUCAAGAUGGUAAAACAGUAACAUAUUCUUUUCGUCAAAUAUUAUUAACACGUUGUCAAACAGAAUUCGAAAAUGAUUAUCGUCAGGAAAUUGGCUAUGAAAAACGAAAAAAUGAACUAGGAGCUAUUACCGAUGAAAAACAACGUGCAGAAGAAGCUGAAAAAUUAGAAGAAGAUCUUAUUAAAGCUAAAUUAAGGAAAUUAGGAAAUAUUUUUUUUAUUGGUGAAUUAUUUAAAUUACAAAUGUUAACUGAUAAUAUUAUCUAUGGUUGUAUUGAAUAUUUACUUUUUGGUAAACCUGGUGAAGAAAAUCUUGAAUUUUUAUGUUGUCUCUUACAUACGAUUGGUAAAGAACUUGAUGAAAAAUCUUCAAAUGAAUUAAAAUUGGAUAAAUAUUAUCGUGAAUUAGAUAAUAUUAAUAAAGAACAUAGAACAUCAGAACGUAUUCAUUCUAUGAUACAUGAGCUUUUAGAAUUAAGACGAGCUUCAUGGGUUGCGCAUCCUGUCGAAGAAGCAAAUCCGACAACGAUUUAUGAAAGUCUUGGACAAGAUCGCGAUCAACAACAACUUCAUCACACUACAACUGGUACUGCUCAUCCUAGAAAUAGUGAAGAUAAAGUAGAAAAUAGUUUAAAUGUUAGCUUAUUAAAACUAUUACAAUCAAAUGAUAAACAAAGUCAAGGACAAUCAACUGUUGGUUUAGCAUCAAAAGGUUCAUGGGCAGAACGAUCUGAAAUCGAAAUAAGACUUGAAGAAGCUCGUUUAUUAGCUGAACGUGCUAAUAAAUCAUCUGCUGAACCAGUUCAACAAGUAAAAAUUGAAAUUAGUCCAUCUCAAGAUGAUCUAUCUUAUCCUCUUCAAGGACAAUCACCAUUUGAACUAGCACGUGAACAUAGUCAUCGUGAUCGUGAAAAUGCUUUACAAUCUUUACGAAAAACAAUUACUGCUAGUGGAAUAAAUAGUUCAGUAAAUGCUUCUCUUAGUUCAUCUAUAACAAUUUCAUGUGAAGAAUCAUUUAAUAUUAGUCGUAAAGAAUCUUGUAAUAUAUCACAUGCAUCAAGUGUUAGUGAACUCACAUCGAUUUCUAGUGUAACACCUCAAACAAGAGAACAAACUCAAGCUCGUGUUCAUUCACUUGUUGAAGAAUAUACUGAAAAGUAUCCAUUAUUUAGCGAUCGACCUGUUAAAGAAGGAUUGCAAGAUUUAUUUGCUUUUUACACACCAAGUCAUGAUCAACAAGCAAUUAUUGUUCGAGAAUUAUUUAAGAAUAAUUUAGAAGCUAAACGACAAGCUCGACAAGGUGCUGGACAUUUACUUAAUGCUACACUUAAUGGAGGCAUUAUUUCUACUGACGCUUUUAUUGCCGGUUUUAAAAUGAUUCUCGAAGUUGCAAUUGAUUAUGCAAUUGACGUUCCUGAAAUUUGGCAGUAUUUUGGUGAAAUAAUUGGUGCAUUUAUUGGUGGUUCAACUUCAAAUAUGUCAUUAAUAAAACCAAUUUUACAAUCUGUCCCAGAAGAUAUAUCGAACGAAUUAUUUCAAUAUAUUAUUCACUAUGCAACGGAAUUUUCGUCUCAAUCACGUUUACAAGAAUUUUGGCAAACGUCUGGUAUAUCUAUUAAGGAUGUACUUAAAUCUGAUCGUAUUGAUCCUUCAUUUAUGGAAGCAUAUGAUUGGUUAUUUGCUACACCUGAAAAUGAACCUUUGACAGUUCAAACAAAAGAAAAUUUUCUUCCACGUGCGGAUUCUCAACUUGUUAAAUUAUUUAAAUCUGUUAAUGAUCAAGGUACAACAGUAACUGAUCAGGAAAUUAUUACAUAUAUUUCUGAACAUAUGGAUCCACAUGAAAAAUUUUGUAUUCGAAAUAUUGUUUUAUCUUAUUUGGAAGCAUGUUUAGAUACUCAUAAUUCACAAAAGAAAAUUCAAGAAGAUAUUGCAAGAGAACGAAUGACUAUACUCAAUGAUAUUAUUGAACAUGACCCAGAAGUAGAACUUGAAGCUGUUUAUGCUAUUCAAAAUUUUGUUAAUAAACUUGGAAAUCCACCAAAAAUGGCUCGACAAUUAUUUCAUAUAUUUUACGAUGAAGAAUGUAUAAGUGAAGAUACAUUUUAUGAUUGGCUCGACCAACCCGAUCCAUCUGAUACUGAAGAUUAUCUUCAUAGAAUGGAUAUUCUUCCAUCGCGUAAUCGCCUUAUCUGGUUUAUUUUUCUGAUACUCUGUUUUUUCCUAUGGUUUGUAUCGAAAACAAUUGUCAAAAACCACUUUAAUAGUGCACAGUCUCCAUUUUCAUUUAUUUCUUCUCGUCGUUACUCAGCUAAUCUUUCUUCUCUGUGGACAGAGUUGGAUUAUCAACUUUGGAAACAAGAGAAAUAUUUUCCUCAUAAUAAUCCAAGAGGUAGUAUUAUUUACAUGAUCAUGACAGGUAAUUCAUUCUUACGUUCCCGUUGUGAUAUAAUUAUGUGUACUAUUGGAAUUACACUGCAUCCAUCUCGUUUAUUUUUCGUUGGCGAAACAUCAUCUGAUAGUCGUCUACCAAUAUAUGAUGUGAUUACUUCUGAUACACCAAGACCUAUCAAUCGUGCUGGAAGUAUGCAAAAAUUAGCACAAGGACUUGCAAUGAUUAGCGAGAAAAUAAAUCAAAGUAAAUACAAAAAUGAAUUACAAUGGAUUAUGGUUAUGGAUGAUGAUACUUUUGUGUCUCCACCAAAUUUAGAAUUACUAGUUUCGGAAUAUGAUUCUCGACGUUCUCUUAUGAUCGGUCAAUCUACUUGUGGAGUAGGCUUUUGUGGUGGAGGAGGAUAUGUUAUUUCUAAAGCUCUUUUCAAUCAAUUUCCAUCGUUUAUUAGACAAUGUCGACCAUCAUUUGAACUUUCUCAAAGUGAUCAAUUUAUUCCACAAUGUAUUAAGAAUAGAACACACGUUGAAAUUAUCGAUAGAAAAGAGUUUAACUCUCAACCACCUGAAUUUUAUUCUACAGAAGUUGGAUAUAAAGAUCAUCCGAAUGGCUUUGGAAGAGCAGUCAGUUUUCAUUAUAUAAGACCAGCUACAAAAUAUAUUGAGCUUUGGCGAUUGCAUCAAGCGUUUAUGAGACCAAAUUAG